GAUACUGCACUCUAGGCCAGGAGCUAAACCGUCAAUUGAUCGGCAAUGAUGUCAGGUUGGCCACGAUAGAGAGGCACACGAGUCGGAAAACCGGGAACAGAAUCUUGGCGAUCUUGGCAGUCCCCGAGGCAUAUAGCACCCUGCCGUGCCCCGUCCUUGACAAUACAUAGCUUCCCCGAUCGCUGUUCACAUUAUUGCCUCGUCGAGCCAUCAACCUGUUUUCUCACCCUUAAUCGUCUCAUAAGUCGGUCAUAUUAGCCUUGGAUUACUGUUGACGUCCUCACUCAGCCCUCGCCUUUCUCCCUCCGCAAACUCGCCGCAGAGGCCUACGUCUACUCACGUAAAGUGUAUACGUAUACUCCAUGGAAUUUGCUUCUGUCCAGGACCUGCUUCGCGUUGUCGUCUGUGCUUCUGCCUACAUGCGACAGCUCACCACUACCCCCAGAUAGAACGAGAAGAAUCUACCCCCCCCUCCGGCAAUAUCAAUAAACACCACUCCAGUAGCGACUUCUCAUUUAGACAUCACGACGCUGAAACCCCCCGUCAAGCUCUCUUCUCGGUCUCAUCAUGGGGUCCGGAAGAGCCAUGCAGUCCUCCAGUGAGGGGCACGUCAGCGGGCAAUCCAACCGCCCCAUGACGAUGCCCGCUCACUGCCUGACUUUGGUUCAGGUGGCCGAUGAGUUGAAGACUGAGCCUGCCAGCGGCCUUUCGAGUGAUGAAGCAUCCAGACGACUCGCGGAGUAUGGUAAGAAUGACCUCGGGGAGGCCCAAAAAGUGUCCCCUAUACGUAUUCUCAUUGCGCAGGUUGCCAACGCCAUGACCUUGGUCCUCAUCCUGGCUAUGGCUGUCAGUUUUGGCAUCAAAUCUUGGAUCGAGGGCGGCGUCGUCGCCGGCGUUAUCCUUCUAAACGUCGUUGUGGGCUUCUUCCAGGAAUAUUCCGCUGAGAAGACUAUGGACUCUCUUCGUUCAUUGAGCUCUCCUACAGCCCGUGCUAUUCGUGAUGGGCAGCCUCGGACUGUGGCUUCUUCCGAUUUGGUUCCCGGCGAUGUUAUUGAGCUCAAGAUGGGUGAUACCAUUCCAGCCGACGUUCGCGUCUUUGAGGCAGUCAACUUUGAAACGGACGAAGCUCUUCUGACGGGUGAAUCUCUUCCUGUUCGCAAGAAGGAAGACGUGACCUUCGAUGAGGUGACUGGUCCAGGUGAUCGCCUGAACGUGGCAUACAGCUCCUCAAACGUCACCAAGGGUCGCGCCAAGGGCAUCGUCUUCUCCACUGGUUCUUACACCGAGAUCGGCGCCAUUGCUGCUCAGCUCCAACAGAAGGAAACCAAAAUCCGGGAACCCAAGAAGACGCGCAAAGACAAGAACGCGCGUGCCAAGCCCCAUCGGUAUCUCGAGGCCUACUUGUUUACUAUCACGGAUGCCAUUGGUCGUUUCCUUGGCUUGAACGUUGGAACACCUCUCCAGAGGAAGCUGUCCAAGCUCGCUGUCCUACUGUUUUUCAUCGCUGUCGUAUGCGCUAUCAUCGUCUUAGGUGCGAACGAGUUCAGCUCCAGCCAGGACGUUAUCAUCUACGCAGUAGCCACAGGUCUUUCGAUGAUACCGGCCAGCCUGGUAGUCGUCCUAACGAUCACUAUGGCUGCUGGUACCAAGCGAAUGGUGAAGAGGAACGUAGUCGUCCGCAAUCUCAAGUCCCUCGAGGCCUUGGGUGCCGUGACAGAUAUUUGCUCCGACAAGACUGGCACUCUGACUCAGGGAAAGAUGGUUGCCAGGGGCGCCUGGAUACCCUCAAAGGGCACCUUUACCGUUGAGAACUCUACGUCGUCAAUCGACCCUACUUCUGGAGACGUUCGAUUCCACACUUCUGCGCCUCGUGCUAUCGACCUCAAGAAGGCUGGAGAAGUUUGUGGCCCAGUCAUCAAGCCUGAAAAGCACGCCUCCGAACCCGAUGCCGGCUUCGGCCUCUCAGAAUUCCUGAACGUGGCCUGUCUCGCCAACCUUGCCACGGUCAACAAGAACAAGGAGGGCACCUGGGAGGCUCGUGGCGACCCGACUGAGAUUGCCAUUCAGGUUCUAGCUAGUCGAUUUGGCUGGAAUCGCGUUGCCCUGACUGGGGACGAAAAGUCGGAGUGGAGAGAUGUCGCUGAGUUGCCGUUUGAUUCGGAUGUCAAGCGUAUGUCCGUCGUCAUGAGGAACAAGGAUGGCUCUCAUCAAGCUUUAACAAAGGGUGCCGUCGAGCGUGUUAUCGAGAGCUGCACCACCUAUACCCCCGACGCUUCUGGACAGCUUGUCGACAUUGACGGUUUCCGCGAUGAGAUCAUCCAGAACAUGCAGGCCUUGGCCAGCCUCGGCCUUCGUGUACUCGCUCUCGCCAGCAAGCCCAUGGCCGGCGAGGUGAAAGUUGACCCCGAGACUGGGGUUGACAGAGCCUCCAUCGAAUGCGAUCUUGUUUUUCGCGGCCUCGUCGGCCUCUAUGAUCCUCCGCGCCCCGAGUCUGCCCCCGCUGUCAGACAAUGCCACGAGGCUGGUAUUGAGGUGCACAUGUUGACUGGUGACCAUCCCGAAACCGCCAAGGCCAUCGCCAUCGAAGUUGGAAUUCUGCCCACGAAGUUGCACCUCGUUUCCAAAGACGUGGCGGGUUCGAUGGUGAUGACUGCGACGCAGUUUGACGCCCUCAGUGAUGAUGAGGUGGACUCUCUGCCUGUCUUGCCCCUUGUCAUCGCGAGAUGUGCCCCUAGCACCAAGGUCCGCAUGAUCGACGCUCUUCACCGCCGCGGACGUUUCUGUGCAAUGACUGGUGAUGGUGUUAACGAUUCUCCUUCGCUUCGCCGGGCUGAUGUCGGUAUCGCAAUGGGCGUCGCUGGUUCUGAUGUUGCCAAGGACGCUUCCGAUAUCGUGCUUUCCGACGAUAACUUCGCAUCCAUUCUGGCAGCUAUCGAAGAAGGACGUCGUAUCUUCGAUAACAUCCAAAAGUUUGUCCUCCACGUUCUCGCUGAAAACGUCGCGCAAGCUGGCACUCUCCUUGUUGGUCUUGCCUUUAAGGAUAAGACUGGGCUGUCAGUGUUUCCCCUUGCUCCCGUACAGGUCGUUUGGAUCAUUAUGGCGACUUCUGGACUACCUGAUAUGGGUCUCGGAUUUGAGCGCGCAGUCCCCGACAUUCUUCAACGGCCUCCUCGCUCGCUCAAAGCCGGUAUCUUCACGGUUGAGUUCCUUACGGACAUGGUUGUUUACGGACUCUGGAUCACUGCUCUCUGCCUAGCCAGCUUCACGCUCGUGGUCUAUGGCUUUGGUAACGGAGAACUCGGUGACAGGUGCAACGAGACGUUUUCUGAACCGUGCCAUCUGGUCUUCCGCGCGAGAGCUACCACGUUUGCUUGUCUAACUUGGUUUGCCAUUUUCCUUGCAUGGGAAAUGAUUGACACCAGACGUUCAUUCUUCCGUAUGCAACCUGGCUCCAAGCGUUAUCUCACCCAGUGGAUGUUUGACGUAUGGAGAAACCAGUUUUUGUUCUGGGCUAUUGUAUUCGGUUUUGUCACCCUAUUCCCUUUAAUCUACAUCCCUACUCUCAACACGGUGGUCUUCAAGCAUAGCCCAAUUACCUGGGAAUGGGGCAUCGUCUUCAUUGCUGCCGCUCUUUUCUUCGCUGGAGUUGAGGCCUGGAAGUUCGCUAAGCGAGUAUACUUCCGCAAACAGGAAACCAAGCGCCUUGGCAAGUCCUGGAAAGAGAGGGAUAUCGAAGAGCGCGUCUUUGGACAAUACUUCACUGGCAGCCGCCUUGAUGAGGGAACGGCUGAUGAGACGACCACGGACAAAGCCCAGUGAACACUUGUUUCUCUGCACCCACGUUCGGUGUUGUCGCCUCCACCGAGGCACAGGCGUGACUGAAUUCAACCCAGUCUACAUCAGUAAUUAAUGUCUGCGUAACCAGAUAGUUAUAACCGCUGUUUCGUUCUUUCUG